CUUGCGUUGUCGUCUUCAAACAAAGCCUUCCCAUAUUGGCUAACCUAGUGAAUUUAACUCUGCCCAAGCUUUCAGUUAUAUUUUUAUCAUUAUCUCAAAGAAGCACCAGAAAGAAAAGAAGAAGAUUUUCUAAUGGAGAAGUCUGGGUAUGGAAGAGAUGGGAUUUUCAGGUCUUUAAGGCCACCUCUAGUUCUUCCCAAGGAUCCAAAUCUUUCUAUGGUUUCAUUUCUGUUCAGAAACGUUUCUUCUUACCCUGACAAACCGGCGCUCAUUGAUGCUGACACCGAAGAAACUCUCUCUUUCUCUCAGUUUAAAUCCGCUGUCAUCAAGCUCUCUCAUGCCUUUCUCAAUCUGGGUAUCAGCAAAAACGACCGAGUCUUGAUCUUUGCACCCAAUUCAAUCCAGUACCCUCUUUGUUUCUUUGCUGUAACCGCUAUUGGCGCUAUUGCUACGACUGCCAACCCCAUUUACACUGUCAAUGAACUCUCUAAACAAAUCAAAGAUUCCAUUCCGAAGCUUGUUGUAACUGUUCCUGAAUUGUUUGACAAAGUUAAAGAUUUCAAGCUCCCUGUAAUCUUCCUUGGUUCCAAACGGAACCAACAGCCAUAUGAUCCAAAAGAUAUCCCAAAAAUCCUGUCUUUUCAUGAUCUUCUCGGUUUAGCGGGAAAUGUAACGGAGUUUCCCGCGGUUUCUGUUAAGCAGACUGAUACAGCAUCGCUUUUGUACUCCUCAGGCACGACAGGGGUCAGUAAGGGUGUUGUUUUGACACAUAGGAACUUCAUUGCAGCGUCUUUGAUGGUGACUGUGGAUCAAGAACUUGCUGGGGAUAUGCACCGGGUUUUCUUGUGUGUUUUGCCUAUGUUUCAUGUGUUUGGAUUGGCGGUUAUCAUGUACGGGCAGCUGCAGAAGGGAAAUGCUUUGGUGUCAAUGGCAAAGUUCGAUUUUGGUUUGUUUUUGAGGAAUGUGGAGAAGUACAGAGCAACACAUUUGUGGGUUGUGCCUCCAAUUGUGCUAGCCAUGGCGAAGCAGAGUGUGGUUAAGAACUUUGACCUUUCCUCAUUGAAGCAGAUUGGUUCUGGUGCUGCGCCUCUGGGGAAGGAGUUGAUGGAGGAGUGCGCAAGGAAUUUUCCUCAGGCUGUGGUGCUUCAGGGCUAUGGAAUGACUGAAACUUGUGGCAUUGUCUCAGUGGAGAAUCCUAAUGUUGGUGCCCGGCAUACUGCUUCAACUGGAAUGCUUGCUUCAAGCGUUGAAGCCCAAAUAGUCAGAACAGAGACUCUAAAGCCUCUUCCUCCUAAUCAGUUAGGAGAAAUAUGGGUUCGAGGGCCUAAUAUGAUGCAAGGUUACUUCAACAAUCCACAGGCAACAAAACUUACAAUAGAUGGAAAGGGUUGGGUGCAUACAGGAGAUCUUGGAUACUUUGAUGAGGAUGGGAAUCUUUAUGUUGUUGACAGAAUUAAGGAGUUGAUCAAGUACAAAGGUUUCCAGGUUGCACCAGCAGAACUUGAAGGACUCCUUGUAUCUCACCCUGAAAUAUUGGACGCGGUUGUCAUCCCAUAUCCUGAUGCUGAAGCUGGCGAGGUCCCAGUUGCAUACGUUGUUCGCUCCCCCAGCAGUUCACUGACUGAAGUAGAUGUCCAAAAUUUUAUUGCUAAACAAGUGGCGCCUUUCAAAAGAUUACGGAGGGUGACAUUUAUAAGCAGUGUCCCAAAGUCAGCAUCAGGAAAAAUCCUGAGGAGAGAACUUAUAGAGAAAGUACGAUCCAAGAUGUGAAAAUUCUGUGAUUCUGCUUUCCACAUAACAUGAACACAAACUAGUGAUUAAGUUAAUGCAACAAUCCUAUUACAAUGAAGAACAGAUUGUUGCUAAAAAUUAUCAUGAUGGCUGGGACAAUAAAUGUUUCCGUGCCCCCAAAGUAUCCUUGUAUUCAAUUACCAUUAAUCCAUUAUCCUUUGAGCAUUAUGUCAUGAUCUGUAAUACCGAUUAGAAUU